AAAGAAGGCAAGGGUAAUAACAAAAGAAAAAUUACCGUGGAUGUUGCUUCAACGUUCAAAGCCAGUGUGCCUCAACCGAAACCUAUUGUGGAAAACAAGGGGGUUUGUAUUGCGAAGGAAUUAUUUAUCCCAUCUUUGGGUGUAAAGCCGAGACCAAGUGUAAAAUUUUCAAAGGAGGAUCACAAGCUUAUGGUGAUAAAAAAGGAUAAAGAUGGUAAGGAGAUUUUGGAGAAUUUGCCUCGGGGUUAUGUGAUUAGGAGCAUGUACGAGAUGGACUCCAAGGACAUUGUUACCGGUGUCUUUAUGGAUGAAAAAGGAAGGCCUCUUGCUACUAUCAUUGACCUUGAUGAGCUUCCGGAUGGUGAGACAUUGAUCAAAGUGGGGGCUGACCUCAAACCCGUCACAAAUGAGGAUGAUCCGGGUGUUUAUUUCACUCAUAGCGGUAUCAUGAAGCUUCCGGGGGUUAAGCGCAACUCCACAUGGUAUGAUUUCGAUACAAAAAUCUUUAUUGCUAACGUUCUAUCUUUCUUUGAUCCUAGCAGCAAAAACAAUGUGAGCUACUACAAGGAGCUAGUGAGGAGGGAGCGUAGAAGUGCUAGAAAGGAGGCAGCCGCGGGUGGAGGACCCACCACGGAUCUUUAUCUAUCUUGAUGCCGAAGGUUUUGGUAUGGAAUGUUAGAGGUUUAAACAAGACCUCUAAACAUAGUAUUAUUGCUUCUUAUAUUAAAUUGAAUAAUAUUAGUUUAGUAUGCUUUUUGGAAACUAAAAUGACCGUGGCUGCAUUUAAUAAUUAUAUUUUAAAUAAGUGGCCGGGUUGGAUGUUUGAAAAUAAUUUUGAUUUUAUUAGCGGGGGACGCAUGGCGAUCAUGUGGAACCCUAACUUGAUGGAUUGUGUUUUUCUGGAAAAAGAAAGCCAACACUUGCAUACUAGAUGUACUUGUCGUAUUACGCAAACAUCCUUUUUUGCUACGUUUGUUUACCCGCUAUAUACGGUCCUUGAAAGGAAGGCCCUUUGGGACCAUUUGACCUUGGUGGGAGACCAAAUCUCGGACCCGUGGAUGAUUUGUGGGGAUUUUAAUUGUAUUUGUGCGCCGAAUGAGAGGGUGGGUCCUACCCCCCCUACGGCGUAUGUAAUGCAACAUUUAUUCGAUUUCAAGGUCGCCAAUAGCCUUGAAGAUGCACCCUCCACGGGGGAGUUCUAUACAUGGAACAGGGGUGCACUUUGGGCUAAACUGGAUCGAGUUUUAAUUAAUGACGGGUGGGGAAUUAAUAGCAUUGGCUGUAGGGUCCAUUUCCAUGAAAUGGAGCUAGAGUUUGACCAUACGGCCUCCGUUGUGUCAAUACUCCUAAACUCCUCUUCUAGACCCAAGCCUUUUAAAUUUUUUAAUAUGUGGCUAAAACACUCGGAAUUUGCCAAUAUUUUAGCCAUGCAUUGGAACCAGACUUAUGUUGGAACGGCCCAAUUCACAUUAGUAAAGAAACUUAAGGGCCUCAAACGGCCCCUAAAGGCUCUUAAUGCCACGGAAUUUGGACAUAUUUCCAGUAAAGCAAAAACGGCAAAAGAUGAGUUCAAGCGUUUGCAUAAGCUGGCACUUCAAGAUCCGGGAGAUCAAGAACUAAAGGCCCAAUUGUCUGAAGCUUCAAAGAGAGCCAUUUUCCUAGGUGAGGCCGAAGCAACCUUUUUCCAACAAAGGGCUAAGGCUACACAUAUUCUCGAAGCGGACAAAUGCACCAAGUACUUUCAUGCAAUCGUUAAAAGGAAUUUGGCAAGGAACACUAUUUCAUCACUCACCUUGGAGGAUGAUUUCAUGUAAGAGCUUACCAGAAGACGUUAUCAAGGAGCCACACUUAUUUGAGUAUUUUGGAUUCCGCUGUUAACAUGUAAGUCACCACCACCUAUACAUGAUAGUUCUAAAUAAAGUAGGGAAGAUUAGCUAAUUUUGAAUUUGAUGUAUGUGCUUGAAUGCUUGAAAUUGUAUGGCAUGAGAUAUGUGAAUUUCCAGUUAUAUGUUUGAUUUUGGGUUGGAUUCAUAUGGAACCAACAAUGAAAGGAAGUGAGGAUGAUAAUGAAUGUAAUAAAAGUUAAGUAAUGUGACAAGGUAGCCGUGCCCCCAAGUAACUACCUGAGCUGAGCGGAGCGGGACAUCCUUCCGCGGGGAGUCCCGGGGUUGCUUCUGACGGCUGAGGGCUAGCUACCCGAGGUCAUCAGCGAGGGGCCAGGACACGAGCUACGGGCCCAUAAGUCAAGGAAUAAGAUAAGAAGAAAGAAUGAUGAAUAAGGAAAUUUCUUGGUGUUUGACACAUGGAUGCUUAUGUGUUGUUAUCAUGUGGGGUUAUAGUAUAUGUGUGAUGUAUUCAGCAUGGAUAUCUAUUUAUGAUUAGCUAAGGUUCCCUAAAUGUUUUUAGUGGAUAAAAUGGUGACUUACUAAGCAUUAUUGCUUACGAGAAUUCUAUUCUCUUAUGUUCUCAUGUAUAGGUAAUAAACGAGAUACAGAAGCCUGAAAGAAUGUAUGGAGCCGGUGAAAAGGUUUUGGAUGGGUUAAUGGAGAAGAUCGGGCAAUCUAUUAUGUUUUGUUUUUAGUACUACGGUACUGCUAUGGGUUAUUUUAAUAUUUGUUUUAAAAUCCUGAUCAGGUGUAAAUGUUUUGUUUAAAGACAUUUUCUUUUGGUUAUUUGACGUUUUUGUUAUGAGAUUUGGUUAUGUAUAUAAGAUAUAAAGUUUCAUGACGAGACAUUGUAUCUUUAUUUUCACUUUGAUUAUCGAGUCUCUUUAAUGUUGGGUGUCGUAAUGGUCAUUUUGGGGACGGUCGUUACAGUUUGGUAUCAGAGCCUAGGUCCUUCCGUAACUCCAUCCAUUUCCACGCACCGCUCGGCAUCUCUCGGGUAAGUGAGUAGUUAAAGGCAUAUAAGAAUAAAUACUAUUUCAUAUAAGUGAACUAAGUACAAUUGUUGGAUAUAUAUGUAUGUGUCAUAUGUAUUCAUUACAUUAUGGAGAUGUUUCUUGGAGUACCGUAAAGCAUACGGGGUAGGCUAGACAGUGGGCCAGGGUCUAGCAAACGUGUCAAGGAUUAAUAGGUUUUGCUAUGUUAGCCAAUAUCAUAAUGGAAUUGAGAUGAGAUCUAAGGCUCUUGGGGUCAAAGUUAUUAGGCUCCAAUUGCUAAAAUUUCUGAUAGCGAAAAGUUUUCAAUAACACUUAAUUGUCUUAGCCAAAUAAGUUGUUUAUGAAACUUUACGAAGGUCCUUAUAGGGUGAGGAGCAUAAAAGACCAGAACUAAAUAUUAAACAAAGUCCAAGUGGAGAACAACCUUGGCCUUCAAUGAGAGUCUAACAUUUAGGCGGAUAUUUGAUUGGUAUAACAUUAUAUGGUAAAGAUUCUGUGUCAUAAUAUUAAAGGAAGAAAUAAUAGACCCACAGUAGUUGUUAAACCGGUCCUCACUUAUAUGGUAAAGUCCCCAUGGCGUAAUAUGAAAGAAUGAAAUAAUGAAACCUAUGGGGUUGCUUAACUAGUUUAAUCAAACGGGUAAGUUUAGAACUCAUGGGAUGGUUCAGACCAAUGGUUUUUAUUUUAACUAGAUGGUAUGGAACCCUUCAAUUUCCGUGAAGAUUUUCGGUGACUAAAGAAAAUAGUAAUCUGGGUUAUGAAGGCGAGAAAAUACCUUCGGAGUGGGUAUCCAACAUUUUUAGCCACAUUGUGGAAAGAAAAAAAAAUGUAAAGAAUGACGUACAUCACAUGAUAUAGGAAUUUGUGAAGUGUGCCUCAAUACGAUAAGAUCUAGAGUACGAGACUUUUGACAGAAUAUAUGAUAUGGUUCCAGCAAGCUCUUUUUAGCAUUUACGUACGAGUAUAUGUAGACAGCAUCCUGUGAGCUUAUGUUGAGAACUAGUAUGCUUUUUGAAUAGUAGAAGCAUGGGUGAGAAUAUAGUGUAUAAAGAGAUUGACAUCACAAACUUUUCUUUUGCUAUGAGUCAUCAACAACUCAAAGGUUGAGUAAAAUAGCAUGAAUAAAGUCUACUCUGGAAUAUGAUCAAAACAAGAGUCCUAUUUAUUUAUACUAGUGUCCUUUGCAAAAAGAUCAAAAUGGUUAAGCAUUUCUUUCCCUAAUGAGCUGUGAGAGGGUGAAGUAUCCUGAAAUAAUUCUCGUCCUCCUUGGAGUGUUUAGUUUAUUAUAAAUCUAAUAAGGGUAUAAUCGUUAAACACAAGAUAAUAAAGAGCUCUUUGUAUUUGCUUCUCUAUCUCAUACUCCAAAUAUGAGAGAGAUAUUUGUGCUUUUCAUUGAAGGGAUAUGAUUUUGCAAACGGGAGACUUGAAGUCCCAUCCACCUUACUCUUAGGAGAGCAGUACACCCUUUAAGUAUUUUUAGCACAAAGUCUAUGCUCUUAAUCGUCUCUCUUACAACUCACAUAGUGUAGAUGUAUGUAGCAUAGUUUCAUAACAAAAUGAAAUGUGGAUGCUGUAACACAAAAAAAAAGGAGUUCUAUUUGAUAAUGUAAAACUGAGGUUGCCUUGGUGUGAUCUGUCUAUCGUAAAUAAGAAGCUAUCAAGUAAAGUUUAAGUAUGCCAAAGUCAGAUUAUUUUAUCUUUAAAUGCUAUAACAAGUAAAUGGAUAGAGAUAUAGAAUCAUUAUAGAAAGCAUAUAAUGAUAUGAAAUGAAUGGGAAGCUCUACAUUUGAGAUGAAAGGAAUGAGAAGCUCUAUAUUUGGGAUAGUUAACUGUAACUUCCCUCAUAGGCUAGUUGAAGAUAAUAUUUGGUUCAAAACUAUAUGUGGUUCAGUGAAGUUAAGUUAGUUUUGUAAGGCAAAAUUUCAUUUAAUAUAUAUCAUGAAAUUCUGAAACUAAUCAAUUAAGGCAUAGCUCUUGUUCAAGGGGUUUACAACCAUAAUAAGGAUUUCACCAUGAUGAAAAGAUACUUCCGAGAUGCUUGAAUUUCAAUGGAUUGAGUUUAGUAGUAUAAUAAAUCUAUAUAAAAAAAUGAUAUAUUAUGCAAGUCAAACUAAAGUGGAUUUCGUUUUAGAAAUGAACAUUUUCUCAUAAGCUAGAUUAAGUUUUUUUUUUUCCGGUGUUGAGCAGUUUUGAUAUUAGAGGGUAUAGAAGUGUAAAUAUAUAUACUAAUGCUAUGAUUUUACUAAAAUUAUAAAUUACGUUUUGGACUUGAGUGUCAUAUGAAGCAGGAGAAGAAAACACGUCUUAAGGAUCCAAUAGUAAGUAUAUAAUACGUAAUAUUGUGUUAGUAUCAUUAAGAAUUUUGUUUUUUUUUUUUAAAAAGUUCCAGGCUUACGUAUGAGUCUCAUAAUUAACGCUGUUAUCAUGAACGGUUUGUGAGAUAGCUAGUAAGCUAGUAAAUAAAGCAAUCUAUUUGACAGAAGUGAUACAAGGGUGAAUUAGAAAACUCUAUCCUCUCCCAUAACUUAAUCAUAUUGUGAAGAUGAAUUCGGUAAAAUAGGAAGAAGGCGAAGCACUCUAUUUUAAGAUAUUUAAAAAUUUACAAAACCAAGAUGAAGUGAUGAACCUUAGGAAGAUUUAUAUCCUAAAAAUUUAAAAGACCAAUUCGAACUAAGCACACCCUGGUGGAGUGUCGUUCUAAGUUUAAAUAUCAUUUUUAUGGUGUGUACGCAAGCAUAUGUUUUUAAAACAGGUUAGGAUUUUGUAUAAUCUUCUGCCCUCAUAUGAAUAAGUAAAUAGGGCAAGUCAGUAAACCAAUUCAUAAUAAAUGUUGUGCUCGGUGUUUAGGAUUUUGUGUUGUAUAAGCACAAAACAUGAGAAGAAUACUUGAUAGCAGAAAACUUUUGUCAGAGCUAUGUGUACGUCACAAGUAGUUGUAUGUCUCCUCAAUAAGAGAAACUCGAUUAAUGUGGUAAUAAGAAAAGUCAGCACCCAUUCAUUGAAUUUAAAGACACAUGCUCCAAGAGGUGUAAAGCUAUUAUAGUUGCACUAAAACCAUGUGAGAAGUGUGAGACGUUGUUACCCCGAGUUAUUCUAAGUUUCGAGGACGAAACUUUUAUAAGGUGGGAGGGGUUGUAACACCCCGAUUUUAUGAGCUAGUCAUAUUAAUCAUUUAUUAUUAUUUAUUUUCGUCAAUUAAAUAUGUUUUGUUUGUGGCAGAUAACGUUGAUCGGUAAGCUCCAAGAAACUCAAAUAAAUGUGUAAAUAUUGUUCUAAAGUUAAUUAAUUAAUCAUUUAAAGGGAGUAUAUUUCUUGAAGCUCAGGCAGAAAAUUAUCUCAAAGAUGACCCAAUUGCUAAUCAUAGCCCACUUAAAGUCCCAAUCUUAGCCCAAUUACGGUUUAAUAUAAACAUUUUCUAAAGCUAAAGCCCUAGAUGUCUCGGUCAUGGCAGCCAGGUCUCUCUAUCAUUCUCUGAAGAUACUCAAUCCUAAAUCCUUCAAUCAAAAGUUUCUAUCUAAAUACUCAAUUCCAUCGGGUAAGCUUCACUUCUAGUCCUUGUAUGCUUAUUUUCUAAGGUGAGCAAACUUUGGCAGUAAGAUUUGAUACUCUUCCAGUUUUGGGGAUUUAUGUUUACCGAUCAAACUUUUUAUGAAACUGUGGGUUUGCAGCUCUCCAAUACUGAUUUUCUUAUUAAACGUAUAAGUUGAAGAAUUAAGCUUUGAUCUGUUUCAAUUAGCCUAGUGUUUGUCGUAUCAUAAGCUUAGUUACCUUUAUCUUGGUAGUCCUAUUUUUAUAUUAGGAAUCUUUUUCUUAUUAAAAUGGUUAUAGCAACUGAUUUUAGGUUGAAGUAAACUUCCGUAAUAGUAGACCAAAAAUCAGGAGUGCUUCUCAUAGUUAUUCAUUGUUGGUCACUACGAUAAUGAGUACAAGUGAAGAAAUUUUCAUUUAUUUAAAUGGCAGCUUCUUGUGGAGGAUUAUUAGUUGAUUUUCAAAGUUAAUAGAUUUGCCUUUUAGCUAUUUCCUAGAUCACUUUUAGUUUGUCCGUGUAAGGAGUGAAUCUGAAACUCAUGAUUUAGUAAUUUGGUUUAAUUAAAGAUACAACUAACUUCAACUAUACUGUUAAUUCUAUAUAAAGAUUUCAUGUAAGAGCUUACCAGAAGACGUUAUCAAGGAGCCACACUUAUUUGAGUAUUUUGGAUUCCGCUGUUAACAUGUAAGUCACCACCACCUAUACAUGAUAGUUCUAAAUAAAGUAGGGAAGAUUAGCUAAUUUUGAAUUUGAUGUAUGUGCUUGAAUGCUUGAAAUUGUAUGGCAUGAGAUAUGUGAAUUUCCAGUUAUAUGUUUGAUUUUGGGUUGGAUUCAUAUGGAACCAACAAUGAAAGGAAGUGAGGAUGAUAAUGAAUGUAAUAAAAGUUAAGUAAUGUGACAAGGUAGCCGUGCCCCCAAGUAACUACCUGAGCUGAGCGGAGCGGGACAUCCUUCCGCGGGGAGUCCCGGGGUUGCUUCUGACGGCUGAGGGCUAGCUACCCGAGGUCAUCAGCGAGGGGCCAGGACACGAGCUACGGGCCCAUAAGUCAAGGAAUAAGAUAAGAAGAAAGAAUGAUGAAUAAGGAAAUUUCUUGGUGUUUGACACAUGGAUGCUUAUGUGUUGUUAUCAUGUGGGGUUAUAGUAUAUGUGUGAUGUAUUCAGCAUGGAUAUCUAUUUAUGAUUAGCUAAGGUUCCCUAAAUGUUUUUAGUGGAUAAAAUGGUGACUUACUAAGCAUUAUUGCUUACGAGAAUUCUAUUCUCUUAUGUUCUCAUGUAUAGGUAAUAAACGAGAUACAGAAGCCUGAGAGAAUGUAUGGAGCCGGUGAAAAGGUUUUGGAUGGGUUAAUGGAGAAGAUCGGGCAAUCUAUUAUGUUUUGUUUUUAGUACUACGGACAUGGGGUAAGAUUAGGGAAUGGAUGGGCAUGGACAACCAAAUGACCACGCUGCAAAGCUCGGUCAAAUGGAUACUUAAGAAGUACAAAGGUUCAACUUUGAAGGCGAAAGCUGUCCGACUUGCAUUCUGUGCCACGGCAUAUCACAUAUGGCAGGCAAGGAACGCAUGUAGAUUUGAUGAUAGCAUGAAGACGGAAGCAGAGAUUAUUGCGAAGACUAAACAUGUGGUGUAUAAGAUUCUCUACUCUAUAUACCCACAUGACUUGAUCAGAUUUUGAAGAAUGGACUUGUUGCUUAUAAGUGGGGAGGCCGCGGCUCUCAUCAUCUGUGUUUGCACCUUGCAACACCCAUGAAGUUUUGCUCACCUGAGUUAGGGUUAUUUAUAACCUCUUGUUGAUCAUAAUAUUUGCGUAAACUUUGAUGAUCUGUGUGCGUGCACUGUUGGCAGCACCGAUUGAUUUUUUGCUUUUGGGCAUUUGGUAUUGUAUACUUAGGCCCCUGCCUUCUGAAUUUUGACUUUGGAUUAGAUCGAAUAAAAACCUCUCCUAAC